CGCGCGCUCGCGCCCCGCCGCCCGGCCCUGCCUGUGAUUGGUGCAGGCCCGGCCCUGGCGGACCCGAAUGCCAGGCCGCGGCGGCGGCGGCGGAGUCCUGCGGGCCGAGGCCUCCCCCCCUCCCCCUCCCGCCGCCCGACACCUGGGCGCAGCCCGCCGAGAGGCCGCCCGGCGCGGGGACCCGCACAGUUCGGUUGGAGCCUCCCUCGUGCGGAGCAGUGACUGUUGCUUGAAAUCUCCAUCUUUGCGGGCUGCUUGCUGCUUCCUCACCUGAGAAUUUCAAGAGUAUAAAAGAAUAACCUCUGCUCAGUUCCUUCCUUGAUAAUGAAGAUACAUUAUUUGUGAAUGAAUUUAGCUGAAUAUGGAUCCGGGUGGUGGAAGUCUGGGAUUGCAAACACAAGAAUCCAAAAUGCCUCACGCUAUGAUUAUGCAGGACUUCGUGGCUGGAAUGGCCGGCACUGCUCAUAUUGAUGGAGAUCAUAUUGUUGUGUCAGUCCCUGAAGCUGUCCUUGUUUCUGAUGUUGUUACUGAUGAUGGAAUAACUCUUGACCAUGGCUUAGCAGCUGAAGUUGUGCAAGGACCAGACAUCAUCACUGAAACUGAUGUUGUAACAGAGGGUGUCAUUGUUCCCGAUUCUGUUCUGGAAACUGAUGUGGCUAUUGAAGAAGCACUAGAUACCAGUGAUCAUGUUCUGACUUCUGAUCUAAUAACAGAAGCUGUUAGAGUUCCUGACCAGGUGUUUGUGGCUGACCUUGUUACGGGUCCUGAUGGACAUUUGGAGCACGUGGUGCAAGACUCCGUGUCAGCAGCUGACUCACCUACAAUGGUCUCGGAAGAAGUCCUUGUAACAAACUCAGAUUCUGAAACAGUCGUUCAGGCAGCUGGUACUGUUCCUGGCUCUACAGUGACUAUAAAAACAGAAGAUGAUGAUGAUGGCAAGAGUACAUCGGAAGACUACUUAAUGAUAUCUUUGGAUGAUGUUGGAGAAAAACUGGACCACAUAGGAAGCACUCCCUUGAAAAUCAGUACUGAAGUGACAAAUGAUGAAGUGGCUAAAGAUGAUGGGUUUGGUUCUGAAGUUAUCAAAGUAUACAUAUUUAAAGCUGAAGCUGAAGAUGAUGUUGAAAUAGGUGGGACAGAAAUUGUCACAGAGAGUGAUUUUCACAAUGGACAUUCAGUAGCUGGAGUAAUUGAACAAGGAGGUGUUGGUAGAAUGCAGCGAGAAAAAAUGGUUUACAUGGCUGUUAAGGACUCUUCUCAGGAAGAUGAAGAUAUUAGCUGUGCUGAAAUAGCAGAUGAAGUUUACAUGGAAGUUAUUGUAGGUGAAGAAGAAGCUACGUCACUUCCAGACACACAGCUUGAAGAGACUGGUGUGAAUAAAACUUUUGUUCCUGUUGCUUGGGCUGCUGCUUAUGGAGAUGACAGAAGAUUACCCAGAAGAUAUGAAGAUGGUCAAGCGGCAGGGAAUAACUUGGAUACACGAUUAGAAAACAAAAACGGUAAUGCAACACAAUACCUGCAGAUUUGUGAUAGCAUUAGCACUAAUAGAGUGCUAAAACAAAAAACCAAGAAAAGGAGGAGAGGAGAGGCCAGGCAAUGGCAAACAGCUGUUAUAAUAGGUCCUGAUGGACAGCCCUUAACGGUUUACCCUUGUCAUAUAUGUGGGAAAAAAUUUAAAUCCAGAGGAUUCUUGAAAAGGCAUAUGAAGAAUCAUCCAGAUCAUAUGAUUAAGAAGAAAUAUCAGUGUACAGACUGUGACUUUACAACUAACAAAAAAGUAAGUUUCCACAAUCAUCUGGAAAGCCAUAAACUUAUAAAUAAAGUUGAUAAAACCCAUGAAUUUACGGAAUAUACAAGAAGAUACAGAGAAGCAAGCCCACUGAGUUCUAAUAAACUAAUACUGAGGGACAAAGAGCCUAAACUGCACAAGUGCAAAUAUUGUGACUAUGAAACUGCAGAGCAGGGGCUGCUCAAUAGACAUCUACUUGCAGUUCACAGUAAGAACUUCCCUCAUGUAUGUGUGGAGUGUGGGAAAGGAUUCCGUCAUCCGUCAGAGCUGAAAAAGCAUAUGAGGACCCACACUGGGGAAAAGCCAUACCAGUGUCAGCACUGUGUCUUCAGGUGUGCUGAUCAGUCCAAUCUGAAAACUCAUAUCAAAACCAAACAUGGGAAUGACUUGCCAUUUAAAUGUGAGCACUGUCCCCAGGCUUUUACAGAUGAAAAGGAGCUGCAGCAGCACACAGAAUUGUUUCAAGGGCAUAAGACUCAUCAGUGUCCGCACUGUGACCAUAAGAGCACCAACUCCAGUGACCUGAAGCGACACAUUAUUUCAGUUCAUACGAAGGAUUUUCCCCACAAAUGCGAGGUAUGUGAAAAAGGCUUCCAUCGUCCAUCAGAGCUCAAAAAGCAUAGUGAAACCCAUAAAGGUAAAAAGAUACAUCAGUGUAGACACUGUGACUUUAAAACGUCAGAUCCUUUUAUACUGAGCGGGCACAUCCUCUCAGUUCACACCAAGGACCUGCCUUUUAAAUGCAAAAGAUGUAAAAGAGGAUUUAGGCAGCAAACUGAACUUAAGAAGCACAUGAAGACACACAGUGGAAGAAAAGUUUAUCAAUGCCAGUAUUGCGAAUAUAGCACUACGGAUGCGUCAGGCUUUAAACGACAUGUAAUAUCAAUACACACAAAAGACUAUCCACAUAGGUGUGAGUAUUGCAAAAAGGGAUUCCGUAGACCAUCAGAAAAAAAUCAGCAUAUAAUGAGGCACCACAGAGAGGCCAUAAUGUAAUAUAUGAUGUCAAGAAGGAAGCAAUUUAGAAACUGUGUUAUGAUAAUUGGGGAAAAAAAAAUCUCAUGAACUGUUUCUCCUGGUUUCAAAGCUCGAUAUUAAAUCAUAACUUUACAUUCUUUGUAUUAAAAGUCUUAAAGUAUUAGGGUUGACAGGGGAUCUCAUAGCCCUACGAUUGUUGCUUAUCAGAACCUGAAGAGCACUAUAGAAUGCAGAAAGAUGGAUGAAUGUCUUAAAUUUGCAGAAAGAUGAAUGAAUGUCUUCAAGUAAUAGUAUUACGCGUUGUUAAGCUAUGGAAGACAAAAAGAAGAUGAUUGUGUUACCCGUUUUGUCAGUGAGAGCGUUUGUCUCCAUACUAAAACAGUUCAGAUACGUGACGGGAUUCUUCACAGCUGGUUUGCUGAGGCAGCUGGGCCUGGCUUCUUGUGUGGUUCUGAGAGAAGAGUAUUCGUCACUCACUUGAUCAUAACGUUUGAAAUCGUGCCUGGAAAUUAUAUUCUAGAAUUGGUCAGAGUUAGGGGGGGUUGUCCUGCUUUCAACAAAUACAACAUUUCAUUGGGAAACUUUUUGGUUUCCUCUAUUAGUUAGGUCCAACAAGAAAUUUGUAAUGAUUUUCAAAGCUGCUAACCUAUUUUAUUGCAGGAUACAAUGACAAAAACACAGCGUUGUGUUAUGAUCUCAGAGGUGGUGUUUUGGUGCUAGGCUUAAAGACGUGUAUGUACAUAACUUCCCUUUUUUACCUGAAACUGUGGCUGAAUGUUGUUCAGUAUGGCACAUAAAAUUAAGUUUGAAUCUGACUCUAUUUUUUAAGGAUGAAACGGAUGCAGCUGAUAGUGUUGCUACUCAGCACUACUUUUUUUUUCUCACUACUUAAAGAUCUCAAAGUACUAUUAAAAAGAAAAUUGAAAAAAACUAUAGUUUGUUUUUAAUUAAAACUCAGAGUACUUAGAAGCUCUUUAGGGCAGUGUUCUUAACAGGUAUGGCAAUUGCCCUACCUCCUAAUAUGAAAUUUUCAAUAUAGACAUAAAAUUGCACCUUUUAAUCAAUUCUUUAAAAAAAGAAAUCUAUACCACGCUAUAAACGUGCAUUUUCAAUCUGUAAGAAAGUAUAUAUGCAGUAUUUAGCCAGAGAAAUAUGCUGCCGCUAGAGUUUGGAGAUGGAUCUUCAGUUUACAGUGUAUACAUUUAAAAUAUGCAUCCCUUUAAACAAUGCUUUGUGUUAGCAUGCUGCAAAUCAAAUGGCGCUUAAUAUAACGAGCUGGUCUAGGGCUAUUUAAUGAACAACCUGUUCAUAAGUGUUACGCAUAUAAUGUGUAUUUUUUACUCUUUUUAGUUGCUUCAUGUUUGCACACAGCUGUUCACAUGAGAAAUUGUAACUUCAUGCUAUAUUGUGGCUUUGUGUUUCAGAUAAUGUUCAUAUUUUGUUUUUGCACCAGAUGAGAAUCAGUUCCUUGAGAAAAUUUUUUUUUAUAUUUCUAAACUUCAGGAAGUGAAAUUUGGGAAAUCUCUUAGAAAAAUACGUGUUUUAUGUGGCUGUAAAAAAUGAUGUACACGCUGUAAAAUAAGAUUGUCACUGUGUGGGAUUAUUAUUUCUAAAUGUGUUACUCAUCGUAACGGGCAUACAAUAAAAUGCAUCUCUUGCACUCCAAAUAUUUUGGAGUCUAUUUCUCAUUUAUGGUGAUUUAGGAAAAUCUCAUUCGGUGUAAUUUUGCCUUAAUAUUUUAGUUACGUUUUUAUUCCCUGGUUGAUAUGAAGUGUAAUAACAUCUCAAGUAAACAGGUUACCCAAGGUACGUGUGUGUACCACUGUUGAGGGGGAAUAUUGAGAUUCCAGUUAACCCCCUAAGGUUACAGGUAAUGUACGUACUUCUGUUACUAAAUAAUUAUCACGUGUGAUAGUGCUGUACCUUUGAAAUUCUUUCCUUCAAGUGAAGAGAACAUAACAUUUCAGUUUUUGGAAAAAGGCAGGUAGGUGCUGUCUUUUAUUAGCUUCAUGAUAAGAGCAGCUGUCGAAAUGCUAAAAGUACUGCUUUCUUAAUUUUCUUCUCUUUUUAGAAUACUUGAAUCGUGGCAUCAGUGAUAGAUUGGAACCUCUAAGAAAAUAAUGCAGUGUUAAAUGAACACUUCAUCAAGGAUUUCCAGUGUGCUUUUAGCCAGCCAACGUGUGACUUCUGUGCGGACAAACAAACUAUGCAGACGUUGUUAAUGGAAUAGUCUGGUUUUUGUUUCUGAUACUUUCUUCUGUAGGUCCAGCAGACAGAGGAGGAGACAGUGACAUUCACAGAAUCUUAGAAAUUAAUCUUGUGUUUUGUUGACAAUUUUAAUACUUUAUUCCUGAAAAUUAUAUUGAAUACGUAGACUGGAGGAGAUCCUUCAUAGCAGACUGAAGAUGACCGUUCUGUGCUGGCUCAUUUUUCCACCUCCAGGAUGGACAGAAUAACCAGAUAUGUGAGUACUUUUAACAUAUUCAGCCAGCAUUGUAACCAGAUUCAGUUCUGCACUGCCUAAGGACCCACCAGAGUUGGUGUGGUACAAACAGGCCAUGGGGGUGGCAGACAAAGGAGUACAGUGGAAGGCUUUCAGCUUACAAGAUUUCAGUUUAAAAUCAUAGAUGUAGGUAAUUCUUUCUAUGACUAAUGGUUGUUUUGUCUAAGAUGAGAUAAUACACACCAAAUUUGGAUUUCUUAUUUUCUGAAUCUCUAACUGAAUGCCGGUUGUUAUCUUACCUGUCAUAGAAUCACAGAAUCACAAGGUUGGAAAGGACCUACAAGAUCAUCUAGUCCAGCUGUCCUUCUAUCACCAUUACUACCACUAAGCUACUAAACCAUAUCACACAGCACCUCAUUCAGACACCAUCUUUUAGUUCUGGAUUUUUGCUUAUAGUCUUUAAGGUUUUGGAAGUGACACCACAUCUUCUAGUGAUGGCCAUGUUAAGUUGCUCUGAUCUUUCUGAAGUUUGAGGAAAACAACAGUAGACAGCUGUACUCUGUUUUUCUUGUGUAUGGUUUCUUUUUACAGGUUUCAUCUGAGAAAACUCCCGAAAUGAUGCUUAUUUAUUCCAGUUAUGGAAUGUGCCAAAACUUCCCAGAAUUAAUGUUAGUUCAGAACCACUGGUGUCUACCAUCCUAAAAAGCACAGUGCAGCGUGGGACAUCAAUUCUCUUACUCAGAUUUUCUGUUGCACGUAGUUACUCCAUGCCCUAAACUCUUACACACUGUAAAGUCCACUGAGUGCUGUUUUGUGGUUUGUUUUUUAACAUAUUUAAUGAUGGCAAAAACAAUAUGGUGGGUGCUGGAUAAAGAUUUACUUCAUUUUCAGCUUCAUCAUCAUACAAAGUUCUGUAAUGCUUUAUUACAGAAGUUGAAAUUGAUUUUGAGUGUUUUGCAGCCUGUAGGUCUGCCUAGUGAGAUUUCCUUUUCUAGUUAGGGAAAAAAAAGUUUUACCUUUUGGAAUGUGGAAAUUUGUGAGGAACAUGUUUUCCAAGAUAUGAGGGAGGAAAUAGUGGUUAGAAAAACUACAGCUGUAGUUGGUUGCUGUCAGCUGAGGAACAAAUUUAGGAAGGGAAAGAGGAGCUGAAGAACAGGUGCAGCCUAGUAUUCUCUGUGUAGGAGCCCUGCUCUCUGUGACUGAUAGAUGGAGAACCUAAGCUGAGUUUAAUGGAAGUGGUUACGGGCAGCCUUCUCCAGUGGGAAGUACAAAGACAAGUUACUUCUGCAGUUUGGUUGGCUUAUUGCUUUAGCAAUUGAACAUGUCAUUAUAUUCAUUAUUUCUUUCUUCUUUUGGCAGUGGAACAGCAAAAUGGACAGUGAGGCGUAGCUAAGAAGAGACAGUGUGGAAAUAAGGACUUGUUGAAGGGAAAAAUAGUAGUUUCAAGUGCCCACAAUUAAAGGUGAUGAAAGGAAGAGAAUAGAUGGAAGAAUGCCAACAAAGUAACCUGAAGGUAAAGGUUGGAGAAAAGCUUCUUUCCUUGGAACUGUUUGUGUAAUGCUUCUAGCUUGUCAAGCCCAGAUGAGUUCAUGGCAAAGACCACAAUUGCUGAAAGAGUGACUGAAGAACAGAUGGUAGGCACGUCAGGAGAAACUGAAGUCCUCACCAGCAUGGCAUGCCAUUCUCUUCUGAGAGAAAAGUAAGUGCAUGAAACAGUACAAGUAACAUUUGUGCACAGAUGUUAGCAGCAAGUCACAGACACAGGUACCUCAGUUUGUUACAAUGAGGACAAGACACUGGUCUUGCAUUGCCUUCAUGCUUUCAUGUUCUUAAUUUCUUUCCUGGCCUUUCUCUCAUUAUCAGACCAAACCUUCUACUGAGGCAAAAAAAAAAAAAAAAAAA